GCUCAUAAUUGACAUCAUCAUGUAGCUAUAAUGUAGCUACAACUUAUUAUACAUUAUUCAUUAUUGUCUUGAGGUGACAACGGCGGUGAUGGAGGUCCAUGGCUCUGUAUUGCAAAUCGGCAGCUUCUGCGGUUUUCUGAUCCCCAUUAUUCCUCCGGCUGCGUACAGCUGAACGAUGAUUUAGAGGUACUUGCGAAAGAAUUGGUGAUGAGACCAAUACUCGCGCCAGUCCUUGCUCUCCUGGUCAUUGCAUAUUUCACAAGGUCAAACGUGAUUCCAGGCUUCAGUUUGUUAGACUACAGAGGACAUCUUAGUAGUACGUACGGACGAACACAGCGUGAAGACAGUUACGUUAAACGUCUAUCAGGAGCACUUCAUGAAACAAGCGCCUAUGUUACACAUACCAUUACGGAGGCCACAUAUUUGUUGUUGAGAAGCGGAAAUAUCCCAAAGUGGCAUGAAGGAUCGACAGUCGGGUUGUACCCUACGGCACUACUGGAUCUUUCCCGGAUGGAGAAAUACCUAAACGAAUUCCUCCAGCGGUGGACGAACCCAGGCCAGUCCUCCGCAAUACUAAACGCAUCACCGACUCACAUGAAUGAAAAGCUGCAAGCGCUUAUAAGCGAGCUGUGGAGUACAUUAAGCGCUACUCUAAUGUCUCCGAAGAAAAUUUCUGCCACACGACGGUCUGCUAAGCCAGUACUGGAUCUUUCCCAGAUGAAGGAAUAUCUAAACGGAUUUCUCAAGUGGUGGGUCAACCCCAGCCAGUCAUCUGCCAUACCAAAUGCAUCACCGACCGACAUCACUGAAAAGCUACAAGAUGUUAUAAGUGAUCUGCGGGGUACAUUAAGUGAUAAGCCAGUGUUUCCGAAGAAAACUUCAGCCGGAAGACCACCUGCGGCAGACGUUAGCAAGAUUCUCAACGCUGUCAACGUGAUCAUAGAAAACAAAUUAGGUGAUGUGAUUGAAGAAAUUAAGACAAUGUCUGACGAACUGGAAAAUACAACUGAAGAGCAAGCCGAGCAAGUGAAAAUUAUGCUCAAGUAUAUUCAAGAAGUACUGGUACGUACCCGGAAGGAUGUGCUGGAAAAGCUUGUGUCAUUUAGCCUUUAUUCUGCUCACGCAAAAGACAUUGUUAGAGCGAACUGUGAGAAGCUGGACGAGUACAUCAAUGAACGGAGCAAGUCCCUAAAAAACUCGUAAAAGUGUACAUGAAAAUAUGAAAUCACAGAGUAACGUCAAGGCAAUUGACCUCAAUUGUACAAAAAUCACAGCUGCAUUAAAAGGCAUUGAGCAUUA